CUCUAAUUGUUUGUAAUCGGCAUUUAGUUCCUCCCAUUCCUCAACGAUUUGCUCAGCCAUGCUUUCAAUGGAAUAAGUUCCAAAAAGUGGAUUGAAGGUGAUGUGCUUGUGCUGUGCUUCUUUAGAUUUAUAACUUAUAAAUUAAUGAUUUGUUUCUCUAUGCGGCUUCCCAGUGCUUUUACUAAUUUAGCUUCGAAUUUGAAUGAAUUAUUGACUUUGACUUGACACUAAAUGACAGUUGACAGUGACGUUGCCAAAGUGUCAACGUCAAGUUGAUAAUAUUUCAUGAUCUCUAUGGGUUGAUCUCUGAAUUCACGAGAGCCUAAAGUUUUCGCACCAUUCCUAAAUCUGUACGCAUUCGCCAUAUGCAUUCGCUUGAACGAAACCCACGGGGUAUCGAGAGGAAGGAAACACACCCUUGAAAGCCUAAAUCACUACACAAAUAUCACACACAGUGAGCAGUGGACCAGAAUAAAACUCCCUGACCGAACAGCCUCCACAAUUUCAUUGCGAAGAAUACGAAAAAAACACCUACUAUUCUUUGACAUAACACGUGAUGGGAGUGGUUCGAAAGAUUUAGGCACUUCUCUGAAUUCGAGGAGUACUUUGCUUCGUGGGCUAUCCCUCUUCGCUGGGCUAUCCGGAGUCCGGCAUACUCUGCUCAAUACGCAUGAACCCCCAGAGGUUUGUACUAGUUUGUAGUAAUGUAUCUGUAUCUCCCACAUCAUCUAUAUACAUGGGAAAAUCCUGUAGUGGGAAAACCCUUCUCCAGAAGAGUUUUAGAUAACAUUUUUUAUGGUAGGUUAUAUCACAUAAAUUGAUAUUUGCCUCCGCCGCUGCACAACAAAUAAGCAAAUCCUUGAUGGUGUUCUACUAAGCGCAACAAUAAAUAAUGAGAGCACAAGUGAGAGUAUUUCAAUUCAUCACAAUCUAAUCUGAAUAUCACUGCUGAUAAUUAGUUGUUCCCAUUUAUUGUGAUUUGUGACAUAAGGAACUAUAAUCCAUGGACGCGGAACAAGUGAUAGGUCCAGGAAAUCCCGAACUGGAAAUUGGUACUAACAGUACUAACAAAACAACCAUCACAGAAGUCCAACAGACGAAAAAAAGGCGUCCGCCACCACCACCGCCACCUGGAUUGAAAGACGAUCUGACAACUAUAGCGCACGUCAGUGUUUUGUUGUUUGUAGUACUAAUUUUGUAUUUGUGUUUCUGCAGGCCAUUCGAAUUCUUCACUUGGCACCCUUUAUUGCUGUCUUUAGGGUGGAUGCUUCUCAUGACUGAAGGUGUCCUGAUCAUCUCCAAGGAAAACCCAAUAGGCAGAAGACUUCGUCUGAACCACACAUUGAAACUGCGCUACCAUUGGAUCAUCAUAGCUAUCGCCCUCGCCCUCAUCCUUGCAGGGUUUCUGGUGAUAGUCAUCAACAAAAAUAACCUGAACAAACAGCAUUUCAAGACCUGGCAUGGGCUCUUUGGCCUGCUGGGAAUUAUAGGCUGCCUGCCAGCUGUGAUGAAUGGUACUGCAGCCCUUUUUGAUGCUGAACUGAAAAGUUUCAUAAAGCCUAGUACUAUCAAGUUGAUUCAUCAAGCUAGUGGCAGUGUAGCCUUCAUUUUUGGAGGCCUAGCUGUUAUUCUAAGUGUUUAUUCAAAGUGGUUUGGUAGGGCUUCUGAUAAUAACAGGUAUUUGUUUAUGUUGGGCCUUACCACUAGUGUAUAUUGUUUUCUAUGGGCAUUACAGAGGCCUUUGCUGAAGUGUUUUAGGAAAAUGUUUCAAUUGAAUAUUUAGACUCAUUCAAACUAGAGCCAAUUACUUAAAUUGAAUAUUACCACUUGGUAACACAAAAUGCUGUCUCAAUCUGUCUUAGUUAAUCAAAUAAAUAAAUAAAUAUGAGAGUACCUUAUAACUUCUAGCAUAUAUUUCUAUCCUUACAAAUUACACCACAUAAAAAAUUGAGUCCUACUCUUCAGGCUCAUCCUGUUUGAAUUUUCCAUUGUAAUAAGGCAAAUAGUCGACUACCACUCUCCAGUCAGUAAAAUAACAGAGGGUAACUCCCGCAGUCGCCCCAAAAACUGUUGCUGAACCAAUCCUGGAGAAUUAAAGAGGUGUGCAGUUAUUACAUAAUUAAUGAACUUUUAUGCUUACCAAUGCGAGAGAAGUUCUAAGUGCCUCCUGCCCAUCGACCUGAAUAAGGACAUUUUAGAAGCGACUCCUACGACAGACAAUAACUUUCAAAUGAUUAUUAAUUCCUCUCUAAUUUAUAAUCCUGGUAUCUUGUAUCUAGCAGGACUGCAAUCUGCAUUGAAAAAUCACAGUCAGUCUUCCCAGAAUGACAAUUGACAACUGACACAACCACUGAAAUAUUUAGAC